AUGACUGAUGGAUGGACGGAUAGAAGGAGGAGAUCUAUACUUAUAUUUCUAGUAAAUAGUCCUAAGGGAACAAUUUUUUUGAAGUCCAUUGAUGCAUCCAGCAUAUGCAAGACAACUAAUAAAAAAUUUCAAAUGGUGAAUGAUGUUGUUGAGGAAGUUGGUGAGGAAAAUGUGAUUCAGAUUGUCACAGGCAAUGUUGCAAACUACAAGGCAGCUGGUGAUUUGUUGUUGCAGAAGAGGAAGAGGGUUUAUUGGACACCUUGUGCAGCUCAUUGCAUAGACCUAAUGCUAGAGGACUUUGAGAAGAAGAUACCCCUUCACAAAGAGACAAUUGCACGUGGUAAGAAAAUAACCAAUUUCAUUUAUGCCAGUGUUGGUCUUAUAAUUCUAUUGCAUCACUUUACUAAAGGUGGUGAUUUGAUUAGACUCGGGGCUACACGCUUUGCUACUUCUUACUUGACAUUGGGACGCUUGCAAGAAAAUAAAAGUGCAUUGUGGAAAAUGUUUAAUUCUGAAGAAUGGAUAGGUAGUUGGUUUGCAAAGACUAAAGAUGAGGAAUAUAUUGAAGAAUUAGUUACUGAUAAGGGGUUUUGGAAAGAUACAUUGAAUUGUUUGAGGGAUGAUUAUCCACUUAUAAAAGUGUUGCGCAUAGUAAAUUCAAAUCAGAAGCCAUCCAUGAGAUACAUUUAUGAAGAAAUGGAUAAGUGUAAGGAGACGAUUAUAUCUAACUUCAAUGGUGUUUUGAGAAGGUACAUCCUACAUGACAUUCAUUUUGCUUAA